GCCGCAGUGUGGUCGAGGUGGAGCCAUGACCAGCCUGGCUCUCCAGCUGGCCCUGGCACUCCUCGUCCUCUCCUCCAUCCUCUCCACCACUAAUGCCACCCAACUCGAGCAACGGCCCACCAAAAGAGACACCAAUAACAACAUUGAAAACGAGUCUUUAGUGAAGAAAUACCAAGAGGUCAAGGAAACACUAAGAGAAAUCUUCGCCGAGGGAGUAGACCCGAGCCAAGCGGUAAACAAGGAUAUUCAAGAACCAAAAUAUCGUCAGUCUGUGUCCUCGAGACUUGCGCUAUGGGGUUCAUACGACGCUAACCUCGAGAGGAGUCACUCUAAUUCUCUUCUCGAAACUAGACGACGCGAGGUUCCCGAAGACGCCAAGAUCAACAGAGACCAGACGUUCGAACAGGGCGCCGUGAAGCACGCCCACCUGGGUCGAGGACAGGCCCAUGCAGGGGAGGAGCACGCAGACACCUAUCUGAACGAGUGGGUGGUGCAUCUGCCCGGAGGGAGAGAGCUGGCGGCCGCCGUCGCUAAGGACUUGGGGUAUCAGUUCCUGGGCCAGGUGGGAGGGUUCGAGGACGUGUACCGGAUGGUGAAGCUGGACCACCCGGCCGCCCACAAGAGGCACGCCCCCGCCCUCACCCACCACCUCAACGCCCACGCCUCGGUGGUGUGGGCGGAGCAGCAGUACGUGAAGCAGAGAGUGAAGCGAGAUGACAGGGCUGAGGUUGGGGACCCCUACGACCCUUAUGCACCUCUCGUUCGCGUCAAGAGGCUUCAGGGGGACGCGAGGCUUCAGGGGCACGCGAGGCUUCAGGGGGACGCGAGGCUUCAGGGGGACGCGAGGCUUCAGGGGGACGCGAGGCUUCAAGGGAAGGAAGCAGAGAGGAAACACAAGAGGAUCAACAGGAGCAAGAGGUCGGCCUUGGCAGCCAAGGCGUUGGGAAUGGAAGCCAUGUUUAACGACGAGAUGUGGCAGCGUCAGUGGUACCUGUACGACACCCGGACACGGUCUGACCUGCCCAAGCUGGACCUGCAGGUGGUGAAGGUGUGGCAGGCGGGGGUGACAGGUCGGGGGGUGAGGCUCCUGGUCCUUGACGACGGCCUCGAGUGGGCACACACCGACCUCACCAACAACUAUGACGCAGAGAUCAGCUACGACUUUAACGACAACGACGACGACCCCACGCCCCGCUACGACACCCGCUUCUCCAACUCUCACGGCACCCGCUGUGCCGGGGAGAUAGCCAUGACCGCUAACAACCACAAGUGUGGCGUCGGGGUGGCGUACGGUGCCAGAGUGGGCGGUAUCCGGAUGCUGGAUGGGCCGGUGAGCGACGUGGUGGAGGGCCUAUCCCUCUCUCAUGCCCUCGACAAGGUGGACGUGGUCAGCUGCUCCUGGGGGCCCACUGACGACGGCCAGAGGGUCGAGGGCCCCGGCAGGCUAGCUGAGAUGUCGCUGCGAAAGGGCGUCAUGGAGGGUCGUGGGGGUCGCGGCACAGUAUACGUCUGGGCGGCUGGUAACGGAGGGUCAGCGGGGGACAACUGUAACUGCGACGGCUACACCUCCUCCAUCUUCACCCUGAGCGUGAGCAGCGCCUCAGAGACCGGCAGGUUCCCCUGGUACGGGGAGCAGUGCGCCUCCACCCUCGCCGCCGCCUACUCCUCCGGCGCCUACACCGACCAGAAGAUCGCCACCACGGACCUUCGCGACACCUGCACCGACAAGUUCACUGGCACCUCCGCCGCCGCCCCCCUUGCUGCUGGCAUCGUCGCCCUCGCCCUGGAGGUCAAUCCGGGGCUGACGUGGCGGGACGUGCAGCACGCCGUGGUGUGGUCCAGCGAGUGGGCGCCCCUGGCUCACAACGGCGGCUGGAUCACCAACGCCCGGGGGCUCAGGAUCAACCCGCGCUUCGGUUUUGGUCUAUUGAGUGCAGAAGGUCUUGUUGACACAGUCAGGAACUGGACCAACGUGCCCGAACAGAGGAUCUGCAAGGUGGCGCCCACUAACAGGUCGGGUGAUGCCCUGGAGAGCAGAGGAUGGGUUAUGGUGGAAUUCGCCAGCGACGGGUGUAAGGGCGGGGACAACGAAGUGAUCUCCCUCGAGCAUGUCCAGCUGGUGGCCACCGUCAACUACACCAGGAGGGGCGCCCUCACCAUCACACUCACCAGUCCCCAGGGGACGGCAUCAACCCUGCUGACGGAGCGGGUGAGUGACAGGUCCUCCAAGGGGUUCACCAGAUGGGCCUUCAUGACUGUCCACACCUGGGGUGAGGAUCCCUCCGGCGUCUGGACCCUCAACAUCUCCGACACGUCUGGCGUCAAAGAAAACGGAAGUAUCGGGGACUUGGAGCUGGUACUGCACGGGACGAGGGAGGUCCCUCUACACAUGGCGCACCAACACGCCUACAGGAUCACUUACCAAAACCUGGGAGCCGACGAGGCGAAGGCGGAGGACGACAAGGUGUAUCUGAGCGCCCUACAGCUGCAGACGAUGGCCUGGGACGAACUCCUCCAGUUAUUGACCAAGAGCACGCGAUCCACGUUAUCAAAGGAGGACAUCGAAUUGCUUCUGAAAGAAGGGCGUCUCGAAUCUGUUGUACGCAGCAUCCACUCACAAGAGGAAACACUUAAAUCCAAGCGUAACGCGAGUUUUGAUUGGCGUCUUGUUUUGAAUGAGUUAAUGGCAAGAAGGUAACGACUGCA